UUAUUUACGUCUCUCAGUGCGGAUAAAUCGAUCGCGUAGAGAGGCCGCACCUCAUUUUACUCCUCGUCAUCUCCAAUCGUCAAUGUUUGCAUGUACAUAAAAAAUAAGAUUAUUUCGGGUCACACGUGGUAUUUUUUUUAUGAAUUAUCAGUGAUUUACCACUUGCACACUGCCUACAAUAGUAGUCCGACGUAUUAUAAGUAGUUCGAUUGAUUACGGAAUAUGUCACAGUUAAAGUUGAUAAGCCGCGUUAGUCGCGUUUUAUCCGGUGCGGUGAAACGUUCAGAGUUAUUCGAAAUUAACAAAGUAAACACGAACAACGCAAGAACCAUGGCAUCCAAAGGCUUGACUGUGGAAAACAUGAAUCCCAACAUUGUCAAGUUGGAAUACGCUGUGCGCGGGCCCCUUGUCAUUCGCGCUGGCGAGAUUGAAAAAGAACUUGAGAAGGGCGCACAGAAACCUUUCAAGCGAGUGAUCAAGGCGAAUAUCGGAGAUGCCCAUGCCAUGGGACAGAAGCCUAUCACUUUCAUCAGACAGGUGAUGGCGUGCCUGGCCCUCCCCGACCUCAUCGACAAGGGAAUCUUUCCAGAGGAUGUGAAACAGAGAGCCCGAGAGAUUUUGGAUGCUUGUGGGGGCGGCUCCGUGGGCUCGUACACGGCGUCGCACGGCAUCGAGCUGGUGCGGCGCCGCGUGGCCGACUACAUCCAGCGCCGGGACGGACACCCUGCGCACUGGGAGGACAUCUUCCUCUCCUCCGGGGCCUCCACCGCCAUCAAGAACUGCCUGCAGCUGUUCUGCAACGAUCUGGGAGGGAAAACUUCAGGAGUGAUGAUCCCCAUCCCGCAGUACCCGCUGUACUCGGCCUCGCUGGCCGAGUACGGCCUGGCGCAGGUCGGCUACUACCUCGACGAGGAGCACCACUGGGGGCUGGACCUCCGCGAGCUGGAGAGGUCCCUCGCCGAGGCCAGCGCCACUUGCAACGUCAGGGCCCUGGUCGUCAUCAACCCCGGGAACCCGACAGGACAGGUGCUGACCCGAGACAACAUCGAGUCGAUCAUAAAGUUCGCGAAGAAGCACGGUCUGUUCUUGUUCGCGGACGAGGUGUACCAGGACAACGUGUACGCCGCCGGGAGCAAGUUCCACUCGUUUAAGAAGGUGCUGGUGGAGCUUGGCGACGACUACAAGGACGUGGAGCUGGCGUCGUUCAUGUCGGUCAGCAAGGGGUACAUGGGCGAGUGCGGCGCGCGCGGCGGCUGGGCGGAGCUGCGCGGCGUGAACGCGGCCGUGCGGGCGCAGCUCUACAAGUGCAUCAGCGCCAUGCUGUGCCCCAACGUGCUGGGACAGGCCGCCAUCGACUGCGUGGCGCGGCCUCCGCAGCCCGGCGAGCCCUCCUACGAGCUGUACAUCAAGGAGAAGACGGACGUGCUAGACUCGCUGAAGAAACGCGCCGAGAUGAUAGUGGACGCCUUCAACCAGAUGCAGGGAUUCAAGUGUAACGUUGUGCAGGGCGCAAUGUAUGCCUUCCCGCGCUUCGAGCUGCCCCCCCGCGCCGUGGCCGCCGCCGCCGCCGCCGGCAUCCCCCCCGACACCUUCUACGCCUUCAGGCUGCUCGAGGAAACCGGUAUCUGCAUAGUGCCGGGCAGCGGGUUCGGGCAGCGGCCGGGCACCUACCACUUCAGGACCACCAUCCUGCCGCAGCCGGAACUGCUGCGAGAGAUGCUGGACAUCUUCAAGAAGUUCCACCAGAAGUUCACAGCCGAGUACUCGGGCUAGUCUGUCGACGCCCCCCGCCCCUCUGCCGCCGUCGCUUUAUCCGCUUACGGCACCUACCUGGGAGCACAAGCUUCAAAAUCUAAACUGUCGUAACUAUACUGAGACCUUAGAACUUGUAUCUCAAGGUGGAUGGCGCAUUUACGUUGUAGAUAUAUAUGGGCUCCAGUAACCACUUAACACCAGGUGGACUGUGAGCUCAUCCUAUCAGCAAAGCAAUAAAAAAGAUUGUAGCGGCGGCUGUCGUGCAAUAGUAGAUAUUAACUAAACCCCAAAUCGUACUAAUCACAUUUACAAAGUUAGCCUGUGGGGCCGCGCGCCCGCCCCCUCGGGGACCGUCUCCCCUGGGGACCGCCCGGAGCUCCCCCCCCGGUCCGCCCCCGCGCCCGCCCCCUCGGGGCCGCGUGGCGCCACACAGAGCCGCUUGCUUCAAACAUAACGCCGCGUGUCGUUUUAUAAUAUUUAUUAACUUACUAAUGAGACAAUAUUCGUAAUUAUGAUUUUAAACACUCUCGUGGAGAAUUGUACAUUUCUGUUGGUGCGGGCGCCACCGCACAUUCAACAAUUUAUAGAAAAGAAAUAAAACGACAUGUUUUGGUCACGUCGGGAUAUUCAAAUAAUAAUACUACACAUUGUUUCAGUUGUGUUAUCCGUAAUGUAUUAAAUUGUAUUCAUAUUUAAAUAGUAUUUGAAUAUUAAAAAACGACGGUAAAAGUGAAACUUUUUUCACAUUAUAGACAUUUAACUCUGACAAACAACAUUUACAUUA